UUGAUACAAAGGGCAGAGCUAGCCAUUCAUCUUUCCAUUUUUGGGAUGAAAUUCACUCAUGUGGUUUACAGCAACCGUUACUUAGAAGGUAAUGAGAACGAUGUGGAAGAGCGCUUACUGACAACGAUUGCGAUGAUCAAAGACAGUAACAUGAAAGAAAAAUUGGAGAUCCGAGAUAGCGAAAUGUGGGAGCCAAGAGCAGGAGGCACGAUGAUCGCUGUAGUCAUGAAUGCUGCUUAUACGCUUGCUUUGAGAGCUGUGAAGAAGAUGAUCAAUGCGCCACAUCAAAUUGAAGAGUUCAAAAGCCUGAAUAAGGUCUUCGCUUCAAUUGACUCAAAGUUUCAAAACAGAAAUUUGACGGUGUCCAUUACAAAUGAAGAGAUGAAGAUCGGUUUUGCAAGCAAAGAGGCGUUCGAGAAUGGAACGGCCAAGGACACUCCUUUUAGCAUUCGAUAUUUACCAGUGAUGACAGUACUAUAUAAUGCAAAUUAUAGAAAUCAUAGAGUUCUCGAAGUAUUUAGGAAAGCGUGUCAAGAAUUCAAUCCAAUCAAGGUGGUGCAGCAUACAGUUUCCAAUCUACAGCUGUCCUCCAAAGAGUAUUCUUCCGGCUCUAUUGUUCAGAAUUUGAUUGCCCUACAUGAGGACUUCAUAGCCGACCAAGCUGCUAUAUAUACGCAAAGCAUUUCAUUUACAGAAUGUAUUGCUUUGAGCCAGAAGACUAGAUUGGCUUCACAAGAACCAAUGGUCAUUUCGCAAUCUCUACCACAGUUCUCCAUCGCUUUGAACAUCCUACGGAAGAAAUAUUUCAAAAAGGCUGAAACCAUCUCUGGUCAUGAUGAACUGUAG